UGGAUUCGGAUGCAUGGCCGCCCACUAUUACUUCUGGGCGGCGACCACGGCGGUCAUGAAUCUUCAACUAAAAAGUCUGCAUAUUGAAGAAGCAGCUGCCACGACCAGACACGUUAGUACAGUGGUCUACUAGGGUUUUACUACAUUGUUCUUGAUCCGUCGACGAACAUCAAAUAUGCAGCUACCAGCCACCUGCAGCUGAAGAAGAUAGUAGAACCAAAGCAAGAAGAAAACCGUGAUGGAUUCUUUCUUCAUGACGCAGCCCCCUCCGGGGCCCACGGAAACGUGGCUGAAGUGCGUCCAGGCGUUGGAAAAAAAAGCCGCGGCCGCACCGCCGCCCACUGUGAAGUCAUCUUCGAGGAAAAAGUUUUACGGCGGGGAAGACAGCGAAAAUAAGGCCACAAGGCUUGACGCUGACACCACAAGAAAUAAUACCGCGUUUGGUGGAAUUUUUACUGCAUCAGGAGGGCCAGAAACCAAGCCGAAAGACCCAAACGUCCUAUCCGAACUGAUUCCGCGAUUUUACCCGGCGGAACCUACCGAUAAGGAACAAAAAGAGAAGGAAAAGCAGAAGGAAUUGCUGCAGAAGCAGCAACAGAAGGCUCGGGAUGAACAUGACCUGACCAGCGCGCUGCUAUGCUCUGCAAAAGGAUCUGAUACUAGUAGAAAUCGCAUGACAAAUUCCCUCUGCAUGAACAAGAGCAGUGGAAUUUCUAAUGCGGAUUUACCUUGAGAAAGAGACUUGUCAUGCACGGUUGCGAUUACUACGAGUUCCGGACGAUCAACAUACUUUUGCAAUUCAUAGCUGCCGCACUUCGACGACAGUGACGAUGACGAGCUGUUGCAGUAUCAUCAUGAAAAAUUUUUCCCGCCUCCCCAUAUUCAAUGUGGAAUUUGUGUAGACUGAUUUGUGAUCACAAAUCCAUUUGUGAUGCUGGUAGGGAAGGGCGGAUGCGGACUGUAGUGCUGUCUGGCAUGACGGGAAAGCCUUGCCUCCUCUCCAGCAUGAUAGAGACCCACUGCAUUGCCAAGGACAGCAUGACAAAGUUCCUGAACAAAAUAGGCCGCAGGUGUGUUCGUUUACCUUCCAACAAUACAAGUGGAUUUGUGUACACAAAUCGUGCAUCAGAAAUCUCCUCUUGAUGUGGGGAGGGGGGAUUUUUCCUCACAAUAUGCAGGCGUCCUCUACUGGUGGGGCGACGAGCAAUAUCAAGUCCUAUUUGAUCAAUACAAACAACCAACAAAUCAUCAUCUCCAGUGAAGAGAAGCGUUUUCGCGGCGUUCUCUCCGUGCGCACGAGGCGGGAAGCCCGGCAGAAGAUGUUGCAACGGAAAACGGCGGAAUUACUAUGCAUUGCAAAUAAAGUAUUGUACUAGUAGUAGUAGCAAAAUUGCAUCACAAAUUUGCGUAGCAUUACAAAUGAGAUUUGUGAUGCUGUUUUACCUUCGAACGGAGAUUUGUCAUGCAAAGCAGCAAUCACUACGAACGAGUACGAUACUUUUGCACAGGAUAGUCACUCAACGAGGAUGAUUUGCACAAGCUUUUGGAGUAUCCUGUGCAAAAGUAUCGUACUCGUAUGGCAAUCAUGCAUUACAAAUUUUUUUCUUAAGAAAAUCUGCAUUACAAAUUUUUUUUUUCAUGCUGGGGAAAUUUGUGAUGCAUUUAUACAAGUACGAUACUUUUGCAAUCCAUAUGGAGCCCUUACGAAAGGCAGCGAAAAAAACGACAAACAGCUCGGUCAUUUUGAAUAGCAACAGAAACAACAACCCGAAUUCGUCCAAUUCAACCGAGCAGGAGGUCAUCGACUAUGCAAGCUUCAAAGCCGUUUUAUCCUAUGUAAACACGUCCCCACCCCAUAGUUGUCAUGCAGAUAUGCGAUUACAAGAAGUGAAGAUUUGUAAUGCGCUUCUCCUUGAGAGGCAUUUCCAGUCGUGUUUUGGAAUUUGUAAUGUAGUAAACAGGAUGAGCAAAUGGAUUGCUCAUGCGGCUUUCCAUGCUAACCAGCAGUACACUGCAGAUGGAAAUUUGUCAUGUAGAACUCCCAAAACUUGCAGAUUUGUCAUGUAGAACUCCCAAAACUUGUUCACUAUGAUGUGGGGACGUUUUUACUCAGGAUAGGUUUACAAGCAUGUUUUAGAAGAGUGUGUUAAAGCGGCGGAAUACAAUGCGCAAAUGAACGGCGAGGAUUUCGACGCCAGUAUGACCAAAGCGCUCUACGAAAGGUACUGAAUAUAAAACUUGUAUUGGCUUUUUUCUUUUUGUCAUGCGGAUCAUGGUCCCUCUCCCUAUAGUGCGUAGUAUUGACUGUCAUGUGCAGCAGGGGCAGGUUUCUGAUUCGUAUCUUCUGGUGUUCAUCGCUACGAUCAUACCAUCAACAACAUGUACAUGUUAAAUACCUAUCAGGAAAUUCGGGCCUUUUUUCACGGCCCGGUCGUUUUUGAAGUUCGGGUCCCUGAUUUCGCAUAUGAAAGUGCACAACUCCCCGUCCCCCACAUUUGUAUGGCAUCAACAGCAUUACAAACACCAGUACAGGUGGACCGUGUACAUGACAAGUUCAUGCGCCGAGUGUAGUACUGUUUGGAGUUCCGAAAUUUGUCAUGCACGCGGCGCCACAAGGUAGCAACUGGCUUUGGGUUUUGGCAUCACAAAUGAGGGGGAGGGGGAGUCGUGCGCUGUCAUAUCGCAAAUCGGAAUCGUGCCGUUUUUCAGCUACGUGGUGCGGAAGGUAAACAACAAGCAAACACGAAUAUGCAAGAAAAAAACUGUGUAAGUGUAAAUUUGUGAUGCGCUACAUGGAAGAUGAUUGCGUCUGUCAUGCUUGGCCAGCGUCGUAGGGUCCAUUAAAGGGCGUUUUCACGUACUAUCUGCGCAUGACAGGUUUUUGCUGUCAUGCCAGACAAAUUUGUAAUGCUGUUCCUCCAAAAAAGUUACACCUACAAUGUUUUUUUCUUGGAUAACGAAUUCAGUUGUCCUAUUACGACACGAUCGGACUGGGGUACCUCCGGGAGAAGGACGUGGAAAAUUUCAUCUUUGAAUUGAUACCGACCUUGCCGCAGCUGAGCCAGCUGCAAGAAGAGUUUUACCCGUUUUAUGUAUAAUUUUCUUUUCAGCUGAUGUUUGGUUUUGCAUGAUGAAUGUGGAUUCGGAUUUUUUGUGUGAUGUGACGCUGCCGGUGCCGCUACAGGGGUAAAAUAUAAAACUCUCCAGAAAACAAAGCAAUGAGCAUCUUCAAAAAUAAAAGGUCUUCACUGCGGUCCGGAAAUUUUUUUUCUUUCUGGACCAGAAACGCACCGGGAAAAUUUGGAUCAGGAAUCUCCUCGUGAGCUCCAUUCUCCCAGAACUCUAUGAGCUCCGGAGAUAUCCCGGGGAAAAAAAUGGUACUCGUACUUUCUCUUUCUACUUGCAAUCACACAGGACAAACAAGAAAUAGCUGUUGCUAGCACCGCAACAUGCUGCGCGCAAAAUUACCUUUGAUAAAAUUUGUCAUGCCACUUUGACUAGUACGAAGUACCAUUUUGCGAUGCAUAGCGGUAACAGCCACAUGAAUUCGAGCAGUGACAACAACCCGCACAACUUUAACCCCAACAGUAUCGAAAUGAAAAAUCCCCCCACCCCACAUCAAAACGAAGUUUGUCAUCCUGGAUUUGCGUACACAAAUCAGAUUUGUCUUGCGUGAGAGGACUGCAGGCCCAUAACAAGCCUGAGUAGAGAGGAUUUGGACUAGGCUCUUAGCACGAGACACGUCUGCGCUGUAGGCCUAAUAGCAUCACAUUUGCGGCGGAGCCUGUGGAAUUGCCUUCUUGCAAGACAGAGAUGAUUUGUGGUCGCAAAUCAGCAUUGCAAAUUUUCUGCGACGUACUUCUUCGAUAUGGGGAGGGGGGAUUUUUCCUCACAAUAAACAGCAUGAAAAACUGGUUUUCCGUGGAGUCUGCGCUCCGGGUAUGCAAGAAAAAGAAACUGCGUAAGUGUAACUUUCUGGUGGGGGGAACAGCAUCUCAAGUUUGCUCUGCAAAGCAGAGAAACACUGUCAUGCGUCGCUAGUAUGUGAAAACACGUACGAAAAGAGCCUCUGAUGCGGGUCCAGCAUGACAGUUGUAAGUGUCUACUUGCGUCGUCUGCAACACAAAGUUACACUUACACAGUUUUUUUCUUUGGAUAUCGGGUGUACGGCAUGUACUUGGAGCUGGAUUCCGACCAAAACGGCAUGUUGAGUCCCCAAGAAUAUCCACAGAAAAAUAAAAACCCAUCCCAAUCCAUUUUUUGCAUGACAAACACUGCUUCUGAUGUAUGUUUUGGAUGACAAAUUGGAUGGGGAUCGGUCUUUUUUUGUGGAUAAAGAACUCGCAAAGUACACAAAUUCCUACUUCUCCAACUACAGCGGAGUAUCUGGAAACGCCAAUGACAUGCUAUGGAAGGGAAAAUAAAACUCGAGGAGCUGAAAAUAAUCAACAUCUUUGAUGCAAUUCACAGCUGAGGUGUUUGUUUUUAGUAUGCAAGGUGGGACUACGACAUGAAUUACGUAAGUAAGAAAUCACGACUAAGUAUUUGUUAUUUACCACUAUCCACAAAGAACUCCAUCGUGCAGAACAUGAUGCAGCAAGGUGUGCUAGCUUUUUCUCAAACAGUGCAUCACUCCGUCCUGAAGAAUGUUUUGCACGGUGGGAAAAUUGACGGUUAUGUUGUGUCUAUUCCAAAAGUCAUCCAUACCCUGCGGGAAAAGAUUAUCCGCGAGGGAGUUGAUGCGAUGGCGUCGAGAUCAAUAGGACAACACAGGUGUCGUUCCUUCGUUUGAAUCAAAGCGUCUAAGUAACUUUAGUUCGAAAAUGUGAAACGCAAACGCGUGAGACCCAGAGGCUAGCACGACCAGAAGCACAACAAUUUAUUCUACUUCUGUGAAUAGCGUGAAAAAUAAUUAAGCUCCUACCAUUUUUCCCUUCCAUACAACCUGCACUUCCACUAUUACAGCUCCAUCGGUGUCUCAACCACGGGCCAGACCCUGUCGGAUAUGAGCUGCAAAUAUGUCUGGGUCUGGAAGAGUGAAACUUGUCAUGCUGCCUGUGGAUUCUAAAAAUAUCUGUAUUGCAUAAGCAACAAGAGGAGUCCAGUUCUUGCUACGCGGAGAGGGCAUUUCGAUUCCUCAUGCGUGAUAAGCAUCAAGAAGCUUUCAAAAAGUCUGGGAUGCUAGGACCUGCAUCACAGACCUCGCGGGUCAUACAAAAUAUGCAUGACAAACCUGGCAAUGUUUCAGACCCAGACACAUUUGCAGUUGAUAUCGGACGAAAUUAUACAAAGAGUCUUCGAAGAGUACCAGAUACGCAUUACAAAACUUUUGUGCCACGGAAAAACUGCAUCACAAAUUUUCAACGAAGAGGUCUACAAGUAAAAACGGAACUUGUCAUGCAGAGUCAGGCAAGCAAAAGAAUCUGUGAUGCAAGAUGUCGCACAAAAAUAUCCCUUUGCCACUGCAUAUCCGACCUACCGCGACGAUUCGGGCAGCCAGGAGAUGGACUACAAAACUUUUCUUGAUUUCGUCCUCGCCAUGCGGCAUCUGCGCUACAACUGCGAAAACAACAGCAAUUUUGACCACCCCGACGGCCCUAGCGGCUCGAACGGCCGAGAAGGGGGUGGGGGCAUAUGAACUGCAAAAGUAUCGUACUCGUAUAAAUGCAUUACAAAUUUCCUCAGCAUGAGAAAUAAAAUUUGUAAUGCAGAUUUGCCUUGGAAACAGGAUUUGUAAUGCAAGACUUGCAUUAGCAUUUGUACGAGUACGAUACUUUUGCACAGGAUAGGGCAACUACAAGGACAACGUGCGGGAGAAGGAGUAUCCUGUGUAAAAACGCCCCCGACCCAAGGGUCAAGAUGGGAAAUCUGCUAGACAAAUCCACGCGGUUUGGUUGUUGCGCAUGACAAGGUAGUUCUUGGGAUUGCUAUGUAUUCGCGUUUAGCCAUUGUAGCAGAAUCACUGAUCUAGCAUAUCAUGCUGAUUUUUCGAGCACCGCAACUCUCAAACACCACUACAGAUGAACGCAUCUCCUUCCCAUAGGGCUCCUCUGCAUGAGAAACGUUUUAAGCAUGCCGAUUCGCAUGACAACUCUGGGAUAGGCUCGUUUUUACUCGGGAGAAGGAGUUUUCGGAGUUUGGCAACCAGCAGUCCAUCAGAUAUCUCUGGAAGUUGAUCGACGUGAACCAAUAUCCUGUGCAACAGUAUCGUACUCGUAUUGCAAUCAUGCAUUACAAAUCUUUUUGUUAUAGGUAAACUCGCAUUGCAAAUUUUAUUUCUCAUGCUGAGAAAAUUUGUAAUGCAUUCAUACAAGUACGAUAGUGCUUUUGCAGUUCAUAACCACGACGACAAGGUCACCGUACCAAUCCUGCGCUACUUUCUGCGGGGCACACUGCGCAACUGCCAGCACUACGCGGACACGAAUGGGGUGAAGGUAGAAGACGUAAUCGACGAGAUUUUCGACAUGAUCCGGCCCAAAAACGCGGGGUUCAUCCAGUUAAACGACGUUCUGUACAACAAAAUGGGGCCGAUCAUGCUCGCAAUUCUCAUCGACUCGGACGAAUUCUACCGGCAUGACCAGCGCGAAAACUCCAUGCAGUCUGGCGGGGGUGGGGGCGGUGGCGGAUUCAGCGGCGGUGGGGGUUCUUCCAGCGGCAUGCAGAUUGAGCACGACCAGCUGGACAUUGAUCAGUACCACGAUGUUGGUCCGCCGACCAGCGGUAGCAGUAGCGGCCGCGGGGUCGUGAACAGCAGUAGUUCAUCAGCAGGAAAUAACGCAAACCCUUCCUCGUCCGGCGGUUCGUCCCGGAGCAGCAAUAAUGUCGCGACAUCAAGAACGCCGGAAGAUGAUCACGAUGCCACCGCGCAAGGUAAUUCUGGCGCGACAGCAUCCAGCACUUACGGGAGUGACGGUAAUAUUAGCCCUGCUGAUGUCAAUGCCGGUCAAGAAAACGAUGCCAGUGGGGUGUCAGCACAUCACGGGGGAGGUUCUGCAGGUGUACCCGGUGGAGGACCUUCGGAAACCAGCAUGGGCGGCGUUGGCUCGUCUCCGGGUUACAGUCCCACGUCGAUGGCUUCGUCCGGUAUGGGAAAAGGAACCAAACAUAAUGAUAAUCUACUUGCAUCGGGUCGUUGUUUUUCUAUGAAGUUCAUCAAGUUUGUUUUGUUUUCAGUUUCACAAAUUGACCUAUACAUUCAUUACGUAGAAGCAGCCGUAAAAAAACAUGAUCUUGCAACUGACGACGACCUGACGCAGCAAGAUGAUCUGUCUUCCAUGCAUACGCCAAGACCACUACCUGCCCGCCGGCGUGGGGAUACCCGGGCUCGGCGGUGGAUCCGGCGUGCCGGGAAUCUCCCCUACCAAAAUUAAAAAUCCCCCCUCCCCAUAUCAAAACGGAAAUUUGUGAUGCUGAUUUGUGGCCACAAAUCAGCUUUGUAUUGCAGAGAGGCAUUGCGGCCAGAUCCACAGGCUACGUAGGGGCGUAUAAUGGGUCUAGUUGUUCAGCAUGGGAAACGGCUCCCCUUUAGGCCCAGCAGCAUGACAAAUCGCUUCCAUAAGGGGGCGAAAGCUUAUGCCCUUGCCUUGUUGCCAGACAGAUGUGAUUUGUGACCUCAAAUCCGCAACGCAAAUUUUUGGAAGCAUACCUUGUCAAUAUGGGGAGGGGGAAGCUUUCCUUUCAAUAUUCCCCCAAGAAGAGCCGGAGGAUGAGCCGAAUCCGAGCCGACGGUUGUCGCCGCUGUCGUAGAUGGUGAAAUUCGGGGCGAGCUGAGAUCUUGUAGAAAUUAAAGUUGCAAAAAAUGCGCACUUCUUUACUCCGAGGAGGCCAGCACUACACCUCCUGUUGCAGGAUGAAUUGUGAUAAGAUUACUCGAGUAUUGUGAGCUGUGAGCCAAGAACAGCAGCUUCAGCGACGAUUGAGAACGUCGAAAAAUCUACUCGUCCAAAGUGUUUGCACAGACAGGAUUUUUCUUGAAGAGAUUGAGACGUAGAAGUAGCACAACUGAAG